GCCAUUCUGUCGUAACACAGGCACGUGCGUCAACACUAUUGGUAGUUACAUGUGCCUAUGUCCCCCAGGAGUGACCGGUGGAGUGUGUCAGACCACGCUGGGCUGUGGCACCAAUCAAUGUCGGAAUGGAGGAACAUGUCAAUAUUUUGGAACAUCUGAUUACAACUGCACGUGUCCGGCUGACUAUACUGGGAUGAUGUGUGAAACAUUGGUGGAUGAUUGUGCAAGUGAUCCCUGUGACAACAACGCCACGUGUAUCGACGGCGUUAGCUCCUUCACUUGCCAGUGUCAACCAGGCUUCACGGGCGCCCAGUGCUCCACGAAUAUUGAUGACUGUGCAGACAGCAUGUGUAAUAAUGUCACCAGCACUUGUGUUGAUGGUGUGAACACUUACACGUGUGACUGUAUGCCUGGCUACAACGGACAGUUCUGUAACGUUGAUAUCAACGAAUGUCUGUCCAGUCCAUGUGAUAAUGGCACAUGCAUGGAUCAAGUCGGUGGAUACACCUGUCAAUGCCAACUCGGCUACACAGGUGUUCACUGUGAGACCAACAUAGACGAAUGUGCACCCCAGCCAUGCGUGCAUGGAGUAUGCGAGGACCGGGUGAACAACUACACUUGUUUUUGUUUGGACGGUUACGACGGCCCUAGCUGUGACUUAGAUUACGAUGAGUGUCUGUCAGCACCCUGUCACACGGACAGCACGUGCAACAAUUUCAUCCGCUUCUUCAACUGUACUUGCCCGGCGGCCCGCACUGGUACGCUGUGUAUGCAGGAUGUGGAUGAGUGUAGCCACACAGCCACUCCAUCACCGGCACCGCUCUGCUUGAACGGAGCUACUUGUGCCAACACGGAUGGCUCAUACCAGUGUUCUUGUUCUGCUGGCUUCACUGGCGCUGACUGUUCACAAGACAUAGCCGAGUGCGACUCAAUGCCGUGCGUGAACGAUGGCAGCUGCACAGAGCAAUGUCCCGGCGGCUAUGUGUGUAGCUGUGUGACCGGCUACACUGGGAGAAACUGCGAAAGUGCCAUUGACGAAUGCCCAACAAUGAACUGCCAGAAUGGUACCAUGAGCUCUCCGGCCAUCUCGUGUACUUCCUCAACAGCAGCUAUAAUUGGUACCAUCGGAUUUCUAGCAGGGGUGAUUUUAUCAAUGCUGGUAUCACAUAUCUGGACAACGAUUAGGCGGCGAAAGCAAGACGUCCAAAAAGAUGAGAUUGCCAUUAAUCCAAGCAACCCGCCCGGUGCAAUUGAGCUAAGCGCAAACGAGGCAUACGGAACAGCCCAAGGAUUGAGCGAAAAUGAGGCAUAUGGAAUAUCGGAGGUGCCGAACCAAAACGCGGUAUACGAAGCAGUGAGUGGAAACCAACCGCCCCAAGAAACUACCUACGAACACAUGGGUGAUUCGGAUAUUUAACAGAUGGGUUUGCGUUCCCCAUCCAUCCCUGUCGCCAUCUCAUCUGCGUUUGACUGUCGAUAUCCUUUAAUUAAUAAUCAGGGUGAAAACAAAGACACUGAAGCACCUUGGCAAAAUGAAAUUUUAGUUGCAAUUAUCAUUCAGGCAGGCAUAGUGGGAUGGUGUAAGACCAUGAUUGAGGAACAGAGGGUAACGUACCAGGUUCAAGUCCUGCUUGGAAGCAGAAGGAUACUUUUCCAGCCGUGCUGCAAGCCACAGUUAAUUGGGAACUCGUGGCCUGGCACGAGGGAAGCAUGGAUGCAGCGAAUGGGAUUUUCGGUCUUUGACCACUUUGGUGGUGGGUCUGAUCUACUCACCUCCCGCCGCUUUAGGAGCUGCAUCUGCACCUUGAUCUUUGAGGAUGGUGGUGUCCCAGUGGAUGCGGAAAAUUCGGUCUCCAGCCGAGUCUCACGUGAACCGCGAAUCUUUCUUUCUUUAUCAUGAAAAGUCAAGAAGAAAAAGUGUCAAGUUGUGUGAAGUCCUGAAUGUCUUUACUUACGUGACUUGGGUAGUUUGUAACAAGACGAGAAGAAUCCAUAGAUGGUAUGACUGCCUAGCAUGCGAUAUGUGUGCAUCCAUUGAAGAAACAUUAUUGAAGUCGGUAAUCCACGUACAUCCUUCAAUAUGCUUGCAGUUAAUGACUUUCUCUGCCUAAGGCUCUGCAUCAUUCCAGUAUCUCAUAUAAUUGCAUGAUCUGCUAAGGAUAUUGACACCUUUAACUGUCCACUUCCCAUUCCUGUAGUAGGUAUGUUACACUCAGUAUGGCAGCAUUUCUCUAUUUGUCGUCAUUGUCUCUGUAUGUCAUCACCUGUUGACUGCGUGCCUAUAUGGCUUCACUGCGACUUUCUCUAUAUAACUCCAGGUCAUUCUCUAUAA